AUGCAAAUCAAAUCAAAAUUUUGUUUAUUAAUCGUUUUUAUACAUUAUUUAUCACUACCACCGUCAACAUUAACACAAGAAAGUGGACCAGACUUUAUAACCACCUGUUCUAAACCUGGUGUUGUUGCGUUAACAUUUGAUGAUGGACCAGGACCAUAUACAAACAUUUUACUUGAUUAUUUGUCAUCCAAACAAAUAAAAGCAACAUUUUUUGUAGUAGGAAUUUCAAUAGAAGAAUAUCCAGAAAAGAAAUUGGUAAAGCUAAUGAAACAAUAUGUAAUUCCGAAUUAUAUGAGACCACCAUUUGGAGAAUGCAAUGAUCAGUGUGGUAAACUAAUGAAGUCUCUGAACUUAACAGUAAUUCAAUGGAAUAUGGAUUCUGCUGAUUGGCGUUACGAAACCGAAUCCUACGAAGAUGGAAAUUCUACAACAUGA